UACUUUGUUGUAUUCUUUGCCCCAACAACUGCCCUGGGAGUUUGACGAUAUCUUCAUGUCGGGCAUUCUUUCGUAUAUUCCUGGUGCGAGCCUGCUGGUGGGCGGCAGACCCAAGGCCAUUGAUCUGCCAUCAGUCGAGAUUCAUCACAUCGAAACAAUUGCUGAUAGACGGGCUCGAUGUCUGAAGCACCUGCUGAAGGCAAACCAUGCCAAUUAUGCCAUACUCUUCAACAAUCUCCGGUUUGACAACCACAAUGUCCACAUCCUCAGCUCGGCCUAUCUGCUUGGGGCAAAUGAGAACCAGCUGCAUGACAUUUACAAUGACGAGAUCCAAGAUCUAGUGCCCUGGGAGCCAUCGCCAUCCGAGCUUAUUGAUGAGGAUUGGAGAGAUUUCUUAGGAGACAAAAGGUAUCAGAGGGCCUUUUUGGAUUAUUUCGAAGAUAAGCUUGCCAUGGAGUUUGCAUAUGAUUGGAAGCAGGAAAUGCAGCACUUCCUGUUCAGCGGCGAAGAGCCGCUGUUUCAUGGCUUGAUAGGCGGGCUUGGCCAUCCGCUCAUCCACCUCGGGUAUGCAUAUGAGGUCGACAGCAGAGAAGUUGCCAUGGAGGCGCUUGCUCUCACAUGCGUCCAGUACAACUUCUUCCACAAGUAUCUUGACAAUCGCGCAUAUACCAGGCCGUCUCCGCUCAAGUCCAAGGCACCGUUGGACCUCCUGACUCAGCUGUCCAAGGAUGACAGGUUUGGCAAAGCACCGGAGGAUCUUGGCGACCUGGAGGAGUUCCUCGAGAAGAACGAGUCGCCGUUCCUGGAGUACUGGAACGGAUGGGAUGUUGAUGACGACCCUAAGAAACAAUUCGAACUGUCUCAAGAGGCAGCCGUCGCGCUGUUGGUGGCCACCGUCCCACCUGGCACCCACGCAUACGACUUUUUUAUCGUUCACCUCUUGACUACCAGCCAUGCUGUCCGGAUUCUUCUGCCAUUUGUGCCACCAAAACACCACGUUACUCUGGUAAGGGAGUGGUGGCUCUUGGUUCUGGCCAUGUUCAUCGUCAGGGGCCGGCCCUUGCCGGAUCCUGACAAUGUGGAGAGCGAUUUGAAGGGAAAGAAUUGGAAAUACGUGGCAGACAAGGCGCUGAACUCGGCAUGGUCAAAGGACGCACAUUUCGUCAAAGCGGUACGAGCCAUGAAGGAGGCUGCUCGGACAUGGGGUGAUGUUCACGAGCGCUAUCUUCGAGCUGCAGUGACCUUUGUGGAGAAUUUCCAUGGAUGGGUUCGUUGA